AUGAUGAGGGCAUUCAUCGUGAACCACGAUACUCCACUCCGCCUGCUCAGUCUCUCGGCCUGGGGUCGCCAUCGAUUUACAGUCCGCUUCAAGAGGCUAGGAGCCAAGCAUCAGAAUGUUACGACGGAUUCAAGAAAAGCAGCCGUGGUUCGUCACUUUGGGGCGUCGCGCUCCAAGGGCGCAAGUGUCAAGCGUGAAGCUUCGGCCAGCUUGCCUUGGGUCGCUGGCCUGGGGAUCCGACAAGGUCAAAGGCUCAACCAAGAACCACAACUGCCUGCAUCUUGGCCAGGAGUAUCUGUUACUACAAGCCCAGGGAGGUGGCACGGUGACGCCAGCCACAGAGGAGAGGAGAGUGUCCACAAGCACGGACGUUUCUGGGCCAAUCAAACAAAGCGGACGUCUGAGGCUACCGGACAGCAGCCAGAGCUGGUCCGAAUCACGCCAUUCGUCAUCAGGGACCUCUCUGCCAUCGUCAGCCUCGGCGAGAUCAGCAGCAUCAUUAAGCCCGCGGCGCUGCUGCUGAUCCAGGGGCCAAUCAAUACGUACGGGGACAACUACCUGCUGCACCGCAAGUUCCUGAGCCCAGCGGCCGAGAUUGGCAAGCUCUUCGGCAUACCCGCCAAGCUCGCGGUCAAGGCGAAGCUCGGCCCUGGAUCUUUGCGAGACUGGCCCAACGCCCUCAGCAAUAAGUUAGACUCGGAGUCGUACAGCGGCAAGCUUGCGCUCCAGGUGCGAGAGCGUCGACGGCUCUUUGUGGAUCUCGCUGGUUCUACGGUAAUUCAGCAUCUGCUUGGGUCAUUUAUGCUCAAUGUGAUAAAGGAGCCGGUCCCCGAUCCUAAUGUCGCGCUUGUGGCUGCCAUUGUGUGGCGCAUGGUCCAUGUCGCCUCUCUUGACCACGACGACAGGGAGCAGGCCCGGCCAGCGUCAGUUACCGCCAUGACGGCAAUCAAGCAGCUCAGCGCAACACCUGCGGUCAACCUGGAUGGCGAGGCCGCCGCCGAGGCACUCGAUGCCUACUUCACGCCCUACACCACCGACGUCUUGACGCCGAGCUACAUGGGGUCCCGGCCAACCGGCUCGGACGGCCAGCUGCCGUGGCUGACGAUGAACGGGCUGGCAAUGGUGUACGACGUCAACAGCAGCCAGACGACGUCCCACGAGUUGGGCCAGCCAAGCGCGCUGUACAAUCGGGAGCUCGGGCUGCACACCGUUAUGCUGACCAUGGACCGGCGCUUCGCGACGCAGCAGUACGAUGAGGUACUGCAAGUCGCCCGGCUUGUGUUUGACCCGACCAUGGACGUCGACAUCGAGCUGCUAGUCAAGCAGCAGCCGCCAGCGGGCAUUGUCUGUAACAGCCUUGAUAUUGCCGGGCGGUCAGUUACCUAUGCCCUGAUUGAGCCAUCCAUUGACCCUAGACUCCUUAUGGCCCUGGAUGGUUCUGGAUCGGCGGGCGGCGGCGGCGGUGGUUCAGGUGGUGGCAAUGACGGCCUUGAUGUUGCCUAUGGUUCUGGGUGUCUGCGACGGGCCCCUGCGUGGUAGCGGUUUGACACGCUGAUGCACAGGGCGCGAGAGCUCGUGGGCGAGGCGUGGUCCCUCGGGGAGAGGCUGGUCAGGGCAAUGAGAAGAAGGAGGCCGAAGCGAUCGGGUGUUUGCGGGCGCGGCACACGACGUCGAUACAGUGAAUGAUGGUCGAUAUUAAGCAGAUCCAGAUAGCUGAGGCUCGGCAGAAUAUCAAGUCGUUCCGGCUCAGCCGCGUCGCCACCGUGGCCCAGCUGACG